AGCAUUUAAAAAGAAUUCAUCCAGCGCACAUUACACUUGUUUUAAAUAAUGAAGAAGAAUUAGAUUUGAAUCUAUCAGCCGGACCAUCUACUUUUUCUAAUAAUUCCAACAAUAUACAACAAACUGAACCCUGCUUUCCUUCUGCACCUAAACGUUGUCGCCAAUUAAAAUUAUAUGGUUUGACUGAAGGUAACAAUUUAACAGAUGAAGUAAAAAAUUCAAUAGACGAAAGUUUAAUUAAGAUGAUUGUUACUGAUUACCAACCUCUAUCGUUAGUUGAGAACAGUGGGUUUUUAGAAUAUUCUAAAAAAUUGCAACCUUUAUAUAAAGUUCCCACUAGUUUGUCAAUUACAACUGAUAUAUGGACUUCUGACAAUAAUAUAGCUUAUUUAACAGUUACUUGUCAUUUUAUAUUUGAUGAUCGUCUAUAUUCACCUGUCUUGGCAACUAGAGAAAUGCAUGAAUCUCAUACUGGCGUCAACAUAGCUAAUUUGCUUUCAGAUAUUUUAAAUGAAUGGGGCAUUAAAGAUAAAAUAAUUUCCUGGAUGUUUUUAAAAAAAUGCCGCACAUUGGUAGGACAUUUUAAACAUAGUGUCUUUGCGUCUGAAAAACUAAAAGAACUGCAAACACAAAUGGGACUUCCUGUAUUAAAAGUAAUACAAGAUGUGAGUACAAGGUGGAAUUCGAGCAUUCAUAUGUUAGAUAGACUUGUACAAAUUAAAGCACUUUUGUCGGCAGCUAUGACAUUUCUUCCCCGUGCACCAGACCUUUUAACUGCACUAGAUUGGGAAUUAAUAACUGAUUGUCUACCUAUAUUAAAACCAUUUGACGUCAUGACAGUUGAGUUAUCUGGUGAAAUAUAUCCAACACUUUCUUCAGUCAUUCCAUUAGUAAGGGGCCUUCAACAUACAUUAAAAAGUAUAAUAACUAAUACAACUGCUGGAAAUGCACUUCAAAAAAUUGUAAUUGAAGUCAUCGUUAGACGAUUAGGUAUACUAGAACGUGAUAAAAUAGUUGCUAAAUCAACCUUUUUAUACCCUAGGUUUAAAAAAGCAGGUUUUGGAUUAAUUGAAAAUGCAAAUAAUACCGAAAAACUGCUUAUGGAAGAACUAUCUGAUAUAUUAAAUAAUAAACACCAGGAAGAUACAUGUAGUGUACCUAUCAACAGUAUCAACGUCGAAUCCAAUGUAUUAUGGAAACAAUUUGACACGAAAGUGUCCCAGAUCAGAAGCACUUUAUCAACAGGAAUUACAGCUUCACUUAUAAUACGUCAGUAUUUAGAAAUGCCAUAUUUAAAUCGCAAGCAAAGUCCACUGGAUUUUUGGAAAAAAAACAAAAAUACUUUUCCAGAAUUGUACAUGUUGCAAAUGAAAUAUUUGAGUGUUCCCGCAACAUCGGUUCCAUCGGAACGCGUGUUUUCUAAAGCAGGGCAGAUUACCAACGACC